AUGUCAUCACCGACUCGAUCUUCUUUCUUAUCUUCUCCAAGAUGCUGCAGGCGUCAGGCUCCCGCAGCCAAUCCAUUCCAUCCUCAAUCUCCAACAGCUUAUCACGAAUGUUCUCUAAUUGAGAGAUAUGAGACGAAUUUGGUUGCAUCUGAAAGUUUGAAAAUGCUAUAUAUUAAUGGAUUACUUUAUAAUCGCGGAACUCGUCGAGAUGACUGGCGUCAUACCACACCUGCUUUUGGAAAGGAUAAGAAGGUGAUUUUCAAAGACACUCUACAAUUCCUGCCCAUGCCACUUGGCCAAAUGCCAAAGGCGUUCGGUUUUGAAGAGCUGGAAAAAGGAACGUUCUCGUAUCUCUACAAUCACCCUGACAACUACAGCGCUACUCUCCCGGAUAAGGAGUACUACGAUCCCGAUCUAAUGAAACCCGCCGCCAAAGAAAAGUUUGAUGCAUGGUAUGCGGAAAAUGUGAACAAGCCAUUCAACUUCGACACCGAGAUUCUGCGAUUUUUUAUUGUAUUUUUAUUGUAG